AAGACACCUGGCACUCUGCUGCUUAAUUACCAGUUUACCCGACCAUACAACUAAACAAAUAUUUAACUUUAUCGUGGCCAAAACAAGUUACACGCGCCAUAUGUCAUGGCAUAUAGGAGAAGAAGACAACUCGCGCUGCCAGACCAAAAUGAUAGGCAUGCACCCAACAACGUGGACCAGCUUGCUUUCAAAUACAUGGAGAUGUGUAAAGUGGAAUCCAGCACAGAUUCUGACUCCGAGAUCAGUCCAAGAUGGUCAGACACCAGCACUAUGCAGGGAUGCGUGAGCAGUGCACCAGAAAAUGGGACUUUCAGGCAGACGUUGCCAUUAACUCGCAAGCCUGCAGGAAGGCAUGGCUGUCAGUCUUUGUUUUUGGACCCAUAUGACGGAAGCUCUGAGGAUUCUGAUGAGUCAAACGUCGACGUGGGCGUUUCCAGCAGGCGAGCAAGGCAGCAGGGAAAAGGUGGAGGAGGCUGUCGGUUCUCGGGCAGGAGCAGAAGAUAUAUCAUUCACCACCCUGCAUCCUUCAGAGAAGUGUUGAAAAAUGGGAUGAGGGAUUCUGUGACAGAGCAGCAACCUCUUUUGGGUGUCCAGAUGAAAUGUGGGAGUGACUCUGAUCUGUGGGUCUGUGACCUUGACAUUCUGCCUUCCCACAAUGACAGGGGUGAUUGUAGAGAUCUUAAAGAGGAAAUGUCCAAUGAUUCAACAAUGCACGCCCAAACUAUGGACAUAGAUAUAGAUUACCAACACGAUGAUUCCGGUGUGCAUGAUGCAAGAUCUUCCACACCUCAAGCACCUGGAUGUGUAACCCCAGUGGAAGGGAUUAGGUACCGGAUGUUGGAUAGCUCCUCUGAGAGAUCCCCCAGUCCCUGUAACCCCAGAUCUCUUUACAAGAGAAAGCUGGGUUUCCCCGGAGCCGAAGCAGUGGAGCUGGGGCAAAGAAAAAAGCAGUGUAUCGUCAACAUGGAGGACGAACACGAGCGACAGGCAGGGGGGUCGGCAUCUGAACCGUGUUAGAACCCUGUAACCACAGACUGAAGUACUGCAGUCAUCAUCAGUGUGUUAAAUGGCUUAAGGUAGAAUGAAAUACUGUAAAUAGUUUCUUGGCAAUGCACUUUGUUUACUCAUAUAAAGAGAGCUGAGGGUUUGUUUUUCUGUCUCCAGUUGUUUUGAGCAUCUCACAAGUGUCGCAUGUUGUUCUGAUUGACAUUAUGAUUUUUGUUUUAAGUAUAUACACACAGUGACCUGAGGCUCCACAAUAGGUCAAUGUACCGCCUAUGCACUGACAGUGAAAAAACUGCACUUUUUCCCAUGGACCAAUAAAAGAAAAAACAUCCAUUAAAAAACCC